AUGUAUGUGAAAUGCUUUGAUACAGUAAUGUUUUACUAUGUGAUUUUAGUGAAUGUCACUUUUUGUCAUUUUUUAAUUUCCCGCCGUCCCGUCCUCCGUACGUCCCGACGCUCACAGGGGACGGAACCCAGAUGACAGAUGCCGGCAUCCGCCGGAUUACAUUGCCGGGGACACUGCAGGGGGAAACAUCGCGGGAGCGCAGGACAAGGUGGGUGAUCGAGGAAUCGUGGCGCAGCGCCGCAUGGUAUUCCCGAGUGUAGCUCGGGGUUACCGCUUGUGCUACACUUGGGAAUACCGCCAGGGAGGUUA